GCGAUCUAGAACUGGGCCGAAAUCUCGCGAAGGUGCCCGAACAGGUCUAGGUUACCCAUGGCGUCUCAAAGCGACGACCUCCGGCGCUUGCCGAAGAGGCCCGAGUCCUUUCGGCUGUGACCGAACCUAGGGGAAGGGCCGAACAGCGACGAAAGCUUGCACAAUCCCGCCCCUCGCAAACCAGCCCGAACAGCUCCGAGGGAACCAGCAACGAAGUCGCUCGUGCGGUCCCGCCUAGCGCGAAAACCAACGGACGGCAAUUUGUUAAGGCUCGCGAAGCGCCGAGCGAGGCUGCGCAAGGACUGUCGGGAUGCUGGGGAGGAAUUGAGGCGGGGCGGGGCGUGAGGGAAUAUGGCGGCCGUCAAGCGAGGAAGAACAUCAUCUGUUUUAUCAUCUGUUCCCUUACAGAUUCUUUUCUAUUUGAAUGGGGUUUAUUAUAUGUUUUAUUUCUUGGCAACCUUGCUGAUGAUUAUUUAUAAAAGUCAAGUUUUCACUUACCCAGAUAAUUACUUGACGCUUGAUCUUAUAUUGCUGUUCAUUAUGGCAAUUCUAGAAGCAAUCCGACUAUACUUUGGCACUAAAGGGAAUUUGAUAGAAGAAGAGGCUCCCCUGGGGAUCAGUCUUGUGAUCACUGCUGGCAGCGUAAUUCUUUCUGUCUACUUUCUGGCAUGGCAAACAUAUGUCCUCAGAGCAGAUGUUGUUAUUAAUGUUGUGUUGCUUGUUACAUAUGGACUUGAAGGAAUUCUACAAAUCAUAGCCAUUGCUGCAUUUGUCAGCUAAUUCAUGUUGCUGACAGGGGUACAUCUGUCUUCUGUAUUAUCUUCAAAAAGCAUUCAUUUUAAACUACAGUGGUGGCCAAAAUUGUGGACACUUUUUGAAAUUUUCAUGUUUUGCAACUUUGCAUGUUUAUAGAAAAUGUUCUGUUUCACGAAAUGCAAAUGUUUAUAUAUCAAUUGAAAGACCUCAUUCACGUAAUACAACAAUCCUGCUUCUUUUCCUGGGUGUCCAAUCAACUCUUUUCUUUGGUGCCAUUGUUCUAUUUAUGAUGUACGUAUGUACACUUUUAAUUUGAGAAAUACUUCAAAUAUUCACACAAUCUCCAAUUGCACUUCAGUUACAGAACAAACCGCAAAACUGACUUUCCCUAACUUAAAACAUGAUGUAUCGCA